AUGGCGUACACCCUGGGUGUGGUGUACGGGCUGCGAGCGACCUCUGACAUCAUCAGCAUGAUCAUCGCUGUGGACCGCUGUCUGUGUGUUCUUCUGCCUCUCCGAGUCACUCACCUCAUUCGCACGCGCACCAUGGCGGCCAUGAUGGCAGCAUCUUUCUUCUUCUUACAGCUGUGCUACAUUGUGUUGCCUCUAAGGUUUACUGUCGCUAGGGUUUAUAUCAAUUCUACGGGAAUCUUUGACUGGAAAAUAAUGCCGACGGAAAUUGGAGUAAAAUACGCAAACAUCUUAGACUCGGUUUCCAGCGCUUUCUUAAGCAUCUCGCUACCCGUCAUCACUUUUGUCAUCGUGUCGUUAGCCACGGCCAUGACAGUGAUGAAACUAAUGUCAGCCACACGAUGGCGAGAGCAGACAAGCUCCGCAACCAGCGGGUCCCGAGACCGUCAGGCAGGUGCCACCAAGAUGUUGGUGUUGGUCUCCUGUCUCUACAUCAUCACCAUGGCGCCCUCUGUUGCCUGCAUCGUCACUCGAUUCAUCAUCCGGGACUUCUCACCGUACGGACGGUACUACUACGGGUAUAUGUCAGUGACGAUGAUUACAGAAAAGAUGUCUUGGAUCAACAACGCCGUCAACUUCUUUGUGUACUUAGCCCAGUCAUCUCGUUUUCGACAAAACCUCAUCAAAGGUGUGUUUUGUGGUCAGAAAACAAAGUCACCUGUGUACCCGACACGAUCGUUGACUACUGCGCUGUCAUCCAAACAAUGA